GCAGAUAAAUUGUUAUUGUUUAAAACAGCAAUUAAAUUCCUCCACACCCAUGUAAAUCUCCCAGUUUUAACUUCAGAUCCAGGGAUGAGGCUGAGGAGGAAACUCAAAUGGGAAAGCCCAAGAUGCUUGUGCCUGCAAUGAAGUUAUAAAUCCACAUCCUGGAGCAAACGAGCAGUAGGAGGCAGCCAGAAAUCUCCAUCAGCAGAGGCACUGGGCUGCAGCAAGGGAUGGAAGUUGCAAGUGGAACCGAUAAGACACUGAAGCCGGGAGAACUGUUGGCAUCUCUGGCAGCAUCCUGCACUAACGGAGCCAGUUCAGGCAAGAGCAUCUACUAGGGGAGCCUGUGGCACUACACAAGCCUGCAAUUCAGCGCUGCGCCCUGCUCCUCAACCAUGAUUUCUUCCCUCAGUUUCCCCAUCUGUAAAAUGGAGGACAUGCUGCCAAACCCUGCCUGAAAACCGCUGUCAGAUGCAGAAAAUGUAACUGAAUUGCUGAGGCGAUGCUCAUCGGCUGUCACGCAACAGAUCAAGGGCACGGGACACUCUGCUUCGGCGGCUCAUGUCCCCUGAGCCCUGUGGCCAGCAAUGCUAAAGCCAGCCCAGACCAAGCAUCGACGGACAGAGAAAAGCAACAAUUCUGCCCUGAAAGGAUGUCAGCCCUAAGGAGGGGAUUGGCCUCUCCCAUCCUCAAAGCCUAAUGAACCAAAUCAUCCACGUUUGUGGGAGGCUUUAGCAGGGGUGGAGAGGGGUAAGGAGAGAGCUCCAAGGAGGAAUGGCUGAUGAAGAGCCAAGGCUGUCUGUGUCGGACACUUUGCCAUUUAAACAUCCCAGCUCUCAGAUGCCACAGCGGAUCCAGAUGUCGCUGCGGCCCCAGACCUGCAGAACGGCGCAUGGGAGAAUGGUAGUGAGCCCCUAAGACCAUGCUCUACACAAUGACAUGGUGGCUCCUGGUCCUGGUCCUCCACCUGGUCCUCCUGAGCCCCCCGGGGGUGGCAGCCUGUCCUGCCCGCUGCGAGUGUGCCCCGCAGAUCAAGUCGGUGGUGUGUCACCGCAAGCGGCUCACCUCCAUCCCCGAGGGCAUCCCCACUGAGACCAAGAUUCUGGAGCUCAACAAGAACCGAAUCCGCUGCCUGAACCCAGGGGACCUCUCCCCGUACCCGCUACUGGAGGAGCUGGAUUUCAGCGAGAACAUCAUCUCCAAUGUGGAGCCGGGAGCCUUCAGCAACCUGUUCAACCUGCAGACCUUGCGGCUGCGGGGGAACCAGCUCAAGCUCAUCCCCCCAGGGGUCUUCACCAAGCUGACCAACCUCACCCUCCUGGACAUCAGCGAGAACAAACUUGUCAUCCUGCUGGACUACAUGUUCCAGGACCUGCGAAACCUGAAGAGCCUGGAGGUGGGUGAUAACGACUUGGUGUACAUCUCCCAGCGCGCCUUCUCGGGCCUGCUCGGCCUGGAGCAGCUGACCAUCGAGAAGUGCAACCUGACCUCCAUCUCGGCCGAGUCGCUCUCCUACCUCCAGAACCUGGAAGUGCUGCGGCUCCGGCACCUCAGCAUCUCUGCGCUGGAGGACCAAAACUUCAAGAAGCUCUACAACCUCCUGCAGCUGGAGAUCGACAACUGGCCCCUGCUGGAAGACGUCUCCCCCACCAGCUUCCAGGGCCUGAACCUCACUUCACUCUCCAUCACCUACACCAACAUCACAGCCGUGCCCGCUGCUGCCUUGAGGAACCUGGUGUACCUGCGGUACCUGAACCUGUCCUACAACCCCAUUAGCACUGUGCUGAAGGGCUCCUUCAAAGACCUCAUCCGGCUCCAGGAGCUCCACAUUGUGGGCGCUCUCUUGGUGUCUGUGGAGCCACAGGCUUUCUCCGGCCUCAGACAAAUCCGGCUGCUCAACCUCUCUAGCAACUUUCUCUCCACGCUGGAGGAGAGCACCUUCCACUCCGUCAACACGCUGGAGACGCUGCGGGUGGACAGGAACCCCCUGGCCUGCGACUGCCGCCUGCUCUGGAUCCUGCAGCGGCGGAAGACGCUCAACUUCGACGGGCAGCAGCCCAUGUGCUCCUCACCGCCUGAAAUCCAGGGCAAUGCCCUGCGCGACUUCCCGGACUCGGUGCUCUUCGAGUACUUCACCUGCCAGAAGCCCAAGAUCAGGGAUCGGAAGCUGCAGCAUGUGACGGCGCGGGAGGGACAGUCCGUGUCCUUCCUGUGCCGGGCAGACGGGGAGCCCGACCCCUCCAUUGCCUGGGUGUCGCCCCAGCACCGCAUGAUCACCACUCGCAGCACAGGGCGGGCGACCGUGCUGCCCGGGGGCACCCUGGAGAUCCGCUUCGCCCAGGUGCAGGACAGUGGCACCUACAUCUGCAUCGCCAGCAACGCCGGCGGCAACGACACCUACUUCGCCACCCUGACGGUGAAGGGGCGGCCGGCUGACGGCUCCCGCUUUGCCAACAGAACUUUGUACCUCAGCGAGUUCAACGACACCUCCCACAAUGACACGCAAGUCUUCUUGAAGUUUACGUUGGACCUCAAGACCAUCCUGGUCUCCACGGCCAUGGGCUGCAUCACCUUCCUGGGUGUCGUGCUCUUCUGCUUCCUCCUCCUCUUCGUCUGGAGCCGGGGCCGGGGGCAGCACAAGAACAACUUCUCGGUGGAGUAUUCCUUCCGCAAGGUGGAUGGUCCCACCACCACCACCGGCCAAGGAGGAGCCAGGAAGUUCAACAUGAAGAUGAUCUGAGCAUCUCCCAGAGGAGAACCGUUCACUGCCCGGCCCCAGGCAGGGCUGCAGUGGGAUGGGGCUGGGGGGUGUGGGAGCACCGGUGGCACCUGGGGCUGGCAGCGGGACCUCGCUGUGCUGGGGUGCAGCCAGAGGUGACAGGAGGAUCAGAACUACAUGGACCUCACGGUCAGGGAGUGAUGGCCCCACUGUCCCACCCCACAGUGAGCCCUCGGGGUGCGAUGGCUCAGGGGCUGUCCCGGCUCCAGGGGCUCCCAAUGUAGCCAACAGUUUUGCUACCAACUAUGCAUUUCUCCAACCAAGAGAUCAGCAGUACUUGGGCCUGGGAAAGAGAAAACAACUUCCUACUUUAUUCCCCAUUGCCCUUUUUUUUUAAGGGACUCUCCAAAAACUUUCCUGGUGGUUGUUUAUGGUUCUUGUCUUUCCUUGUUGAUUUUGGUUUUUUUUUCAGUCCAACAAUUUUAUUUUUUUAAAAAAUGAAUUUCCAAGAGAAAAGUCUUCCAGGGCGAUGCAGGACUGGGGUGCCCGGGGAGGUUGUGCUGAGCUGGGGGUCACCCCCAGCCCCUUGGCAAAGCCAGACCACCCAGGGCACGGCCAUGCCUUGAGAGCUUCUCAUCAGCAGAUUUAAGAUGUGGCAUCUGCAGACAUGGAUGCCUGGGGACAAUCCUGCACAAGCAAUAAUAACCCAUCCAAGGCCAGGCUCUGAGGAGCUGCAAGCAAGAAAAAGGGGGAAAAAAGGCAAAAUGAGGCCAAAGUCAUUAAAUUCAGGAAGAGCAGCCCCCGAAUGGUAAUGGGCCACAUCUUUGCAUCUGCCCAAGCUGCCAUGGCAGCAAUGGGAUGAAGGGAUGGGGAGAUCAAGAUUCAUAUGAGUGCAAAAGGCAUUUUUGUGUCCAUUUUCUUGGGCUUGCCAAAGUCUGCGGGAGAGCAGGAGCCGGCUCGUCCUGGCCAGAGAGACCAUGCAGUCCAGGGAACAAGAGGAGAGAGUUUGGAACGAGCAGCUCAAGAACCGACGGCAAAAGCAAAUGCUGGGAGAAGCUCCUGGCUGGCAUGUCUGAUUCCUGGCUGGCACGUCCAUCUCCUGGCUGGCACAUCAGUCUCCUGGCUGCUACGUCAAUCUCCUGGCUGGCAUGUCUGUCUCCUGGCCGGUACGUCCAUCUUUUGGCUGGCACGUCCAUCUCUUGGCCAGCACGUCCAUCGCAUCCACCUGGAUCCAGCACCCUGCAGCAGGGACACCGUAGGUCCAUGUCCCGAAGUGCUGGGCAGCACUGGCUUGGACUGGGGCCUCAGGGUUUUGGGUGGGAGAAGGAGCACAGCUGGAACAGCUGGAAGGGAAGAUCCUGGAUGGGAUAGAUGUCCCGGGGAGCCCAUCGCUUCCUCCUCAUCCUCCCACCAUGUGGACCCCAGGGGUUGCUGCAGGUCCCACCUCAGUCCCCGUUCCUGCAGGCACCUGAAUGGGCACGGCCUCCCGGGCACCCCCACAAGUGAGAGCGGCUGCUUGGGUUGCCCCCCGAGCCCUCUCCUGCUGCUCCCACCCUGUUCUUGCACCCAUGUGUGCUGGGUGCCCCCCAGCUGAGUCCCAAGGGGGAGAGGGGUAAAGGAGCUGGGGGUUCAAAACCCUCCUCCCCGAGGUGGUCCCUGCGCUUCCAGGAUCGGGCCCCCCAUUUUAGAAGGGGAGGUGCUGCCCCUCCCUCCCUUCCCACCCCUGCCAUGGGUCCAGCCGUUGCCGCAGCACCUUCCCAUGGCCGGUGCCACCAGUCCCCGAGCCGUGCAUGCCGUGUCGUACCAGGAUCCCACUGGUGUCACCCCUUGUUUGGUGUCUGGGGGGUUUUACCUGGGGGGUUGGGAAGGGGUCAGGGGGUCAGGGACAGCCCCCCCGCAGCCGGGAACAGAGGCAAGUUUGGGCAGCGCAGCCCUGACUCAGUUUUAUAUAUAACAAGCAUGUGAAAUGUAUUUGCGGGGGAAAAAGAAAAAAAAAAGGGGGGGGAAUUUUGUGGCUUGUUUGGUUUUUUCCCCCUUUUCAUUCUCCUUGUGGCUCAAGUAAGAAAAGCUGGAGUCAGGGAGGGAGCCUGACCUGGUCCAGCCCACUGCAAACCCAAGAGUGUCCCGGGGUUCAGGCAGAUGUUAAACCCCCAGAAUUCAAUUUAGGGUGAUCAUCCCUCUCAGAAAACCAGCAGGAAAACCCAGACUGGGAGAACUGGGGGGCUGGAGGUCGGGUGGAGCUGGAAGCACAGCAGGGAAGGACCCUUGUGAUGCCAAAGAGCAGUGGUUUAGUGACAUUGAAAGAACCUUGUUAAAAGAUUAAAUUCACCUACAUGUGCCAAACAAAGUGGAAGGAAAUCUCCCAAGUUUAAAGCAGCAAUGGCUGGAAACUCAGCAGCGGGUCAGUGCAGUGCCCGGUGGGGCUUGGGAUUUGCAGCCCAUCACCUGCUCACCGCCCUGCAAACCCGGAAUAACCGACGCUAAACCAACUUUCAGAGGGUACUAAGGUCCAUAUUAAUCACUAAUAAAUUAUUAAUGCACGUGUUAA